GAUCAUUUUAUUUAAAAAAGGAGAGUGGAAAAACCCUGGACUCAAGUUUUCGGGUUUUGCCAAAGGAAGAGGAGUCCAGUGUUCACAGAGACAGAAGAAGAGGUUAUGAGCAGUGGUUUGAUUAAGAGUCUGUUUCCUCUGCUUCUGUACUUUACCAUUAACUAUUCAAGAUCACUAUCCAUACCUCUGAACGCCUCAAUGCAUUCUGUAAACCUGAAGCACAUCCUGAAAUGGAGCCUCUUGCAAGCAUCCUGUUCCACUGUCAACUACUCUGUGCAAUUUCAAGGGGAGUAUGAGUUAUACAAUCUUAACGGAACAUGGGUGGAUGCAUAUGACUGCCAAGAGAUUUGUGAAAACUGGUGUGACCUCACCCAUGACCUUGCCUCCAACUCUGACUACAGUAUCCGCAUAAAGACAAACUGUGAUGGCCAGAAAUCAUGGACACAACUACCAGCGACCUUCAACAGGAGACACACAUUGUUACUGGUUCCAAAAAUGACAGUGAAUGUGGAGGGGGAUCCUAUCCAGGUGGGCUUUUGUACAACUAUUUCUGAUAUGACUGUAAACCUUAAAGUCUGGCAGGAGGGAGACGAACAGAAUGCCUUAAUUCAUGUGAUCAGAGCUUAUCCCUAUCAUUUUUCCAUUGCUGCCCAUCGGGGGAAAGAGAAGAUGUGCUUUAAGGCAGAAGCACUAGUAGAAGCCAUUAACAAGAGCUGCAGCACUGACAAACAGUGUGUCAUCAUUCCAAAGCAGACAUCUGACUUUAUGAGGCCGUUGAUUGUGAGCAUCGCUGUAGUGGUAGCAGUUACCGUGGCUUUUAUUCUGGGAUGGUUGGCAACACAUUUUGGUCCACAGAUCAAACAAACAAUUUGCCACAGGGAGACCAUUCCCAAUGUACUGCUUGAUGACUGGCCCACCAGAACACCCAUGCUUUGUACUGAUGUUUCACUGGAGCCCACAGACCCACUUUUGCUGCUCCUCCCAGCUGAGCAUCAGUGCACAGUGCAGUUUUGAGGGAAUUGGUUGAAUGAGGUGGAAUGCAGAACAUACAAAAUUGUGAAACGGUACAUAAAAAUGAUGG